UAACUUAUUGUUAGUUAGGGUUCGUGUCGUUAGAUGCUUUGAAGUAGGUUCCGGCAACUAGACGAUCAAAGCUGCGAUUUUUGAGCAGGGGACGAUGGUGAAGAGUGUUAUCUCAAUGGAUCAGCUGAAAGCUCUGUGGCACUCUGAGGUCCACAAUGAGCAGAAGUGGGCAGCUAACAUGAAACUUGUGAGAGCACUUGGGGUGUUUGCAGGAGGAAUCUUCCUCAUGCGUGGCUUUGGUGAUCUCAUGGCUGUCUGAAGCAAACCUGAUAACAACGGAGGAACGUCUCUUAUUUUCUCAAUUUUUUUUGUACUUCUUCAAUGUCUUCUCUCUCCAUCGAACUGGUGGUCUGGUUUAUGAUUCCACCAAUGUUAUACAAAUAUCUCAGUUCAAGAUUUGUUUCUUGUUCUCAGUGACUCCAUUUUAUCAUAUGCUAAAGAAUUUGUUUUUUCAUUCAA